GCGAGUGAAUUGCGUUGCGUUGAAGAAAUUGACUGCGGAAAUAUGAAGAAGCCAGUAUCCGUAAUUUUUUUACUUGUGUUUUUAUUGAGUGGCCGUGUUUUUGCUGGCAAUCCACCAUUUUCUACUGGUUAUAACGUUUCUGAUACUUGUCAAACACCUGUUUGUCAUAAUGUUGCUUCACGACUAUUGCAUGACAUGGAUCCAAAUGUUAAUCCUUGCGAUGACUUUUAUAAAUUUACCUGUGGACGUUAUUUAAAUUCUACUGUAUUAAUUGACAAUCUGAAUUACACAGAUAAAUUUACUGAAUUAAGAAGAAAGGUUUAUGAAAAUAUUACCAUGUUACUUGAACAAAAUAGUUCAAUAAAUGAGUUUAAAUAUUUGAAGCUUGCCAGGACUUUAUACAAUACAUGUAAAAAUAAAAAAAAUACUAUAUGGAAAUUUAAGAAAGCUAUUAAAAACUGGCCUGUCCUUAGAAGAUCUCAAUGGAAUAAACGGUCACUUCGAUUUAAUAAAACCACAUUCAAAGUUGGUAAUACAACACAAUGGAAAAAUUAUUUCUUUGAAUUUUACUCUGUUGGCGAUGGUAGUUUAAUCGUUUUGGAGCCGUAUAAAUCUACAUUACGUGAAGAAGAUUUAGUUCAAGUGCUUCAAAGUGAUUUUUUCGAUGUUGAACAACCAAACUACAUGAACUAUGGUGCUCUGGGCACUAUGAUAGGGCACGAAAUGACACAUGGUUUUGAUAUUAAUGGAAUGAAUUAUGAUUUAUACGUCCCAGAAGUUGGAUUAAAUGUAAAUGGAACUAUUACUCAAAGUGAAACCAUUGCAGAUAACAGUGGAAUAAAAGCUGCUUAUCGAGCUUAUGAAAGAUCAUUAAAUAAUGAUAAAAAACUUCCUGGUUUGAUGUACACUCCAAAACAGUUAUUUUGGAUAAGUUAUGCAAAUACACGGUGUGAAAUAUAUACAAAUGAAUUUUUAAAGAAUAAUUAUCUUUCUAAUGUACAUCCACCAUCUAAAUUUCGAGUAAUUGGUACAUUAUCUAAUAUGCCAGAGUUUACAAAAGAUUUUAGCUGUCCAUCUGGAUCCAACAUGAAUCCAACUAAAAAAUGUUCUGUUUGGUAA